AUGUUGUUUAAAGCCAUUGGAUUGGUCUUGCUGCUGACUGGCCAGGCCUGGGGUCAGUCCUUCAGUUUUCCUGUCUACACCGUGGGAAGCAUAGUGUCCGCCCUAACAGGAGGCGGUGGUGGAGGUGGCGGCGGAGGUGGAGGUGGUGGUGGAGGAGGAGGUGGCUCCUCAAGCAACAGCAUUGCUCAAGCGGAAUACGAAGCUUACCUGAAUUCGUAUUACAACAGCCAAUUGCAGCAGUACUACGAGGCUCAAGCGGCUUACAACGCGUACUUGUAUAGCCUAUACUUAGCCAGUCUAAACAACAACCAGCAAACCGGAACUUCGACCACAGCCGCUCCCAUCACUACACUGCCCACGCCUACGACCUCUACCGCCGUUCCUACCUCUACCGGUAGUCCAACUACGUCCACUGCCAUUCCCACCUCUACGGGAAAUCCAACGACAUCGACCGCCGUUCCAACAUCUUCCGGAUCCGAUACCACCUCGACCGCCGUGGCCAAUCAGCCCACAACGACGGCAUCUCCAGCCACUUCCACUGCUGUGGCGCCCUCAGAUACGGACAGCACUUCCACCGCUGUGGCGCCCUCAGAUACGGACACCACUUCAACGGCGGUGCAGAACGCGCGGAUUCAAACCACUCCUCUGCCCUUCCACUAUGCGCACGGCUCUCUGGUCAACCCCUACGAUCUGCACCGCAUCAGUUCCAAUCCCAUCUACGUCCGUGGCUCCGCAGUGGCAUCAGCAGAGGCCGAGUCCGAGCCUGUAUAUAUUCCAUAUCCGAAUAUUUACCGUAGGGCUCAGCCAUCUCCUUACUUCGGCUACGCGGGAAAGAAAUAG